AUGGCCGAAGAAAAGCAAGAAGCAGCACUCGCCUACACGUAUCCUUUGUGCAAAUACACGGACAUGCAGGACGACAUGAAGAGCGAAGCCAUGGAAAUCACGGUGACGGCGGUCGAGAAAUACGCGGACAAUUACGAGAGCGCCGCGCGGAUGGUCAAGGAGAGCUUGGAUCGUAAGUUCGGGGCUCCUUUCAACGUCAUCAUCGGCGAGGCGUACAGCUACAGCGUCACGUACCAGGUGAAGUCGAUGCUGCUCAUCUACACAAAUGGUAACGUGGCUGCUCUCAUUUGGCGAACCGUUGUUGCCUGA